AUGGCAUUUGCUAUUGAAGUGCCUGGGGAGGCUGUGCCCCUUUCCCCGCAGCAAGUCUACCUGGCUCUUCAGUCUGCAGGAUCUUCACAACAGCUCAGCAUUCAGACUGGCACCCAACAGCUCCAGGCUUGGGAAACACAACGAGGCUACUAUUCUCUACUGCAGGCAGUAUAUCUCGACAAGUCACUUCCCUCGGAGAUUCGAUACCUUGCGAUCAUUCAACUUAAAAACGGUAUAGACAAGUACUGGCGAAAGACGGCUACAAAUGCCGUCUCAGCAGAAGAAAAGGCACAGAUACGAUCGAAUCUACUUGAGGGAGGUAUUGGAGAGGCGGAGAAUAGCCUUGCUCUGCAGAAUGCAUUAGUCGUCGCAAAGGUCGUACGAAUCGACUACCCUCAGGACUGGCCGGAUGUUCUCACAAGCCUGAUAAAAAUCCUACGGAACGCAAGCCAAUCGAGCCCAUUACAUCUGCGGAGGGGCUUGUUAAUAUUGCUCCAGGUGGUAAAGGAAUUAUCUACAGCACGGCUACGAACUUCCCAAACUCGACUUCAGUCAGCGACACCAGAAAUUGUGUUCUUAUUGAGUGAAAUAUACACAGAGAAGGUUACAAUGUGGACUUCUUUUCUGAAUGGUAGUGGCGAGGACGAAGGUGGUGCUAUGGACGCUAUGGAGAAUAGCUUGUAUGCAAUUAAGAUCCUCAGACGAUUGCUUAUAUCUGGUUACGAAUAUCCUAAUCAUUCAACUGAGGUCCAGCAAUUGUGGGAGCACUCUCAGAUACAGUUUGGGCAAUUUCUCGGCAUGGUGACUCAAGAUCCACCAGUCAUCGUGUCCCCAGCUAAAGACUUGGUUGAGAAGCAUCUAGUACAAUUUUCAAAGCUGCAUACUCAGAUGUCUACUCAACAUCCCGCUGCGUUCGCUCUUUUACCCAGCUCUAUCGAGUUGGUUCAAGCAUAUUGGGGCCUUGUGGCUAAAUUUGGAGACUCUUAUGGAUCGGAGUCUCAAGAAUUCAGUGCUAAAGCGUUGCGAAAAGAUGAGCAAACGAAGGACCAGAGACCUGUCAUGGAGAAACUUUGCUUGAAGGGACUGAACAUCCUCCGAGCUUGCUGCAAAAUGGUCUUCAGCCCCGCACAAUCUUUCAAGUACCGGACUCCCGAGAUUAAACAAGAGCAGCAAGAAGGCGUGGCACUGAUCAAAUCUCGCUUACUCACUGACCAAUUGGUUAGUCAGAUGGCAAGUGUCAUAGUCACGAAGUUCUUCGUCUUUCGUCAAGUGGAUCUGGAGGCCUGGGAAGAAGAUGAGGACGAGUGGGAGAUUAGAGAAGAGGGGGGCGGCGAUACCUGGGAGUUCGAGGUUCGGCCAUGCUCUGAAAAGCUCUUCAUGGAUCUUGUCAUCAAUUUCAAGCACCUUCUGGUGGACCCUCUGCUAUCAUUCUUCCAAUCUGUUGCAGGUACGAGUCAAAGUACGGUAGUCACGAAGGACGCAGUCUACACCGCGAUGGGACUGUCUGCUCCAGUCGUUCAUCAAAGUUUUGACUUUGACUCAUUUUUGACGUCGACCUUGGUCAACGAUAUACAACAGACCGGACCCGGAUACAAGGUCCUGCGCCGAAGGAUUGCCAUUUUGCUCGGCCAAUGGAUUACGAUUAAGAUUUCAGACGCUAACCGACCACUUGUCUACCAAAUCUUCCAGCAUCUUCUGAAGGCCGAGGACGAGACAAACGAUCAUGUCGUCCGCAUCACUGCUGCUAGGCAAUUCAAAGCUGUUGUUGACGAUUUCAGCUUUGAUGGUGAGAAAUUUCUUCCAUAUGCUCCUGAUAUUUUAGGGAGGUGUAUGACAUUGAUACAAGAGGUCGAGAAUACUGAGACAAAAAUGGCUAUUCUUGACACGAUUAGAAUGAUUGCCGUUCGCAUGGAAAGCAACAUAUCACCCUUUGCUGACCAGAUCGUAUCCAUGCUACCCGGUCUGUGGGAAGCUUCAGGCGAAGAACAUCUGUUGAAGCAGGCAAUUCUCACACUUAUGUCAACACUGGUGACAGCUAUGAAAGAGGCAGCUCAGCGGUAUCACUCGAUGAUUCUGCCAUUGAUCCAGCGAGCCGUUGAGCCUGGCUCGGAGAUGCAAGUCUACCUCAUGGAAGAAGCUCUUGACCUUUGGGUCGUCAUUCUGGCUCAAACGCCGUCUCCCGCCACGCCAGAUGUUCUCGCGUUGGCCGAUUCGGCAUUCCCUCUCCUCGAACUUGGGUCAGACAAUCUGCGCAGUGUUCUGAACAUCAUAGAUGCAUACAUAAUUCUGGCACCAGAAGCAAUGCUUGGCGAUCAAGCAAGACUGAGGAUCAUAGCUCAUAUGACAAAUCUACUCGGUGUAACCAAAAGAGAGCUGGCCGGUCUAGUCACCACUAUCAUUGAGAAUAUGAUUCGAGCUGCGGAGAAGUUUGGCGGCACCAAUGGAGUAGUCCAGAUAGCGAAGGACCUUCACGAGAGCGGGUACACAGAGCAAGUGUUUGCGGGCCUACGCGACGCCUGGGAAGCUCAUCAAACCACCGGACCGGGUCGAAAAUACCCAAAGCUUGACGAUGUCGUAGAGACGGAUUAUUUCACCAUCCUCGCCCGGAUUGCUCUAGCUGAUCCUUCAGUGUUCGUCACCGUCAUGAGUUCUGUCGGAAAUGCAAAUGAGGUCUGGGAAUGGCUCAGUACAGAAUGGUUCCGCCACUUCGACAGUAUGGCCAACAUCGACCGCCAGAAGUUGUCUUGUCUAGCUCUCACGCGUCUCCUUGAGCUUCCACCUCCAAUGACUCCAGUAAUCCUCCUUCGCCUACAAGAUUACUUUGCCAUGUGGACUUCCGUCAUUACAGAGAUGAUUGGUGGCCGUGACGAUGGAGGAGAUAACUUGAUAUGGCUGGCUUCAGAAGGGAGCGAGUACGAAGGUCCUGAAGAUGUUCGGAGGCGCCUGCACAGUGCUGAGGACCCGGUGCACACCAUCCAUACAUUCGAGUUUGUCAAGGAGACACUGAGCAGUGUGGUGGCUGCAUGUGGCGGAGAAGAGUCAUUUCAACGAGACUGGGCGGUCAACGUUGAUAGAGAUGUAUUGGCAGGAUUCCAGAACUUGGGCACGACGGAUAAUAGCCAACCGUUCUGGAGACGUCAGGAUUAG